AUGGACGCAACCACACAAGCUCAGCCUCUGGCCGACCGCUCAACCAACACCCACCUGACCAACGCGAGUGACAAGACCGACCUGAAGGCCUCAGACAUCUCAUCAAUGGAGUACCAUCGCCAGGUGUUGCAGGGCAAAGUCACGAGUGAGGAACAACCAACCUCCUACGUCUCACCCUCAGACGACAUCAUGAGCCCCUGCACAAAGAAGUUGAGCGAUAUCAAGGGCAAGCGGUUUAAGAAUGCCGGCAAGCCCCAGUCGCUGUUCGCCAAGCUCGGCAAGAAGAGCUACGAGCAAUCUUCAGCCGAGCAGGGCCGGACUGAAAACUAA